AGGGGAAGUUAGUGGAGUGUACAGUUCUGGCCGGCGUGUGCAGUAAUGCAGGUUCCGCAGCUACUUGUGCUUUUCGGCAGCCAGACUGGCACAGCCCAGGAUGAGGCGGAGAGGCUGGGCCGCGAAGCCCGGCGCCGGCGGCUAGGUUGCCGCGUGCAGGCCCUGGACUCUUAUGCGGUGGCGAAUCUCAUUAGAGAGCCCCUGGUGAUAUUUGUUUGUGCGACCACAGGCCAAGGAGACCCUCCUGACAACAUGAAGAACUUCUGGAGGUUCAUAUUCCGAAAGAGCCUGCUGUCCACCUCCCUCUGUCAAAUGGACUUUGCUGUCCUAGGCCUCGGGGACUCCACAUAUGCCAAGUUCAACUUCGUGGCCAAGAAGCUACACCGUAGGCUGCUGCAGCUAGGAGGCAGUGCCCUCCUGCCCCCAUGUCUAGGUGAUGACCAGCAUGAGCUGGGGCCUGAUGCUGCCAUUGACCCCUGGCUAGGAGACCUUUGGAAGAAGAUAAUGGGUCUGUACCCAGUGCCCCUCGACUUUCCUGAGAUCCCUCUUGGAGUCCCCUUGCCCUCCAAGUUCAUCUUCCAGUUUCUUCAGGAGGUCCCCAGCGAAGGGGCUGAGGAGCCAAACAUAGCCAGCUCAGCCCCUCAGAGACCCCCAUCAGAGUUACAGCCCUUCCUGGCUCCUGUGGUCACCAACCAGAGGGUCACUGGCCCUCAACAUUUCCAGGAUGUUCGGCUGAUUGAGUUUGACAUUACAGACUCGAGUAUCAGUUUUGCUGCUGGCGAUGUCGUGUUAAUUAUGCCCUCUAACUCGGAGACCCACACCCAGCAGUUCUGCCAGUUGCUGCGCUUGGACCCCAAUCAGUUUUUCAUGCUUAAGCCACAGGAGCCAGAUGUCCAUUGCCCACCAGGGCUGCCUCAGCCCUGCACUGUGUGGCAUCUUGUGUCACAGUACUUGGACAUUGCCAGCGUGCCCCGCCGUUCCUUCUUUGAACUCUUGGCUUGUCUUUCCCCACACGGGCUGGAGCGGGAGAAGCUGCUGGAAUUCAGCUCUGCCAGAGGUCAGGAAGAGCUCUGGGAGUACUGUAAUCGGCCCCGCAGGACCAUCUUAGAGGUGCUGUGUGACUUUCCACACACGGCCGCUGCCAUUCCUCCAGACUACCUUUUGGACCUUAUCCCUCGGAUCCGCCCACGGGCCUUCUCCAUUGCUUCCUCCCUGCUGGCUCAUCCCAGGAGGCUACAGAUUCUUGUGGCUGUGGUACAGUACCAGACUCGCCUCAAGGAGCCCCGCCGUGGCCUCUGCUCUUCCUGGCUAGCAUCUCUGAAUCCUGAGCAAGGACCUGUCCGGGUCCCUCUAUGGGUGCGGCCUGGGAGCUUCGCGUUCCCAGAGACACCAGACACACCCAUUAUCAUGGUGGGGCCUGGAACUGGUGUGGCCCCCUUCCGAGCAGCCAUUCAAGAGCGAGUGGCCCACGGCCAAACUGGAAACGUCUUGUUCUUUGGCUGCCGCCAGCGGGAUCAGGACUUCUACUGGCAGACUGAGUGGCAGGAGCUAGAGAAGAAGGGCUGCCUGGCCCUGGUUACAGCCUUCUCCCGGGAGCAGGAGCAGAAGGUCUAUGUGCAGCACCGGCUCCGAGAGCGGGGGCCACUUGUCUGGGAGCUGCUGGAUCGCCAGGGUGCCUACUUCUACCUAGCAGGCAAUGCUAAGUAUAUGCCUACGGACGUUGCGGAAGCCCUGACAUCCAUUUUUCAAGAAGAAGGACAACUCUCCAACCAAGACGCCGCUGCCUACCUUGCCAGGCUCCAGCAGACACUACGCUUCCAGACUGAGACCUGGGCCUGAGGAGCCGCUUGCUAGCUCACAUGAACAGCUGCACUGGAGAACCUGCUGGAGUCUGGGGGGCCCAUUGUUACUGCCUAUCCUCUGAUCCCAGAACACUUGUUAGACCCGUGGUGGAGCUUCUUGGCACCAGCUGACUAGGAGGGCACUCUGCAUACAGCCAAACUCCACGGAACCCAGCGUUCCACCACACUUAGCCCCAACCCCAGUGUAAGUCCUGGUUUCCUCUCCGUCCCUUCCACUGUGCCCCAGAUCUGCACUGUGCUCCAUACCACCAGGGUCCUGCUGAGGCCUCCAAGAGGCCUGGAGUCCUGUGAGGGCCGCGCUGCCCCUCUGCUCUGGUGCUAUUUCCAUUCACCCCACAGCAUCUGUGGGGCUCAGGUGAGAGGCCUCCCAGGGGCUAAGUCUUCUGAGCAUUGAGAAUAUGAAAGUCAGUCUGUCUUCAGGUCCUUAAACAUCUUCAGUAAACUGCCUGGGUAGCUA